AAAUCAGUGGCAUCUCUACUCCGGCAUUAGACAGUCUCUAUCGGUUGCAGUGGAAGCUCUAGUAGCCGUAGUCACUAGUGUAUAUAGUUCCUGUGUAGUGUUAUCAUAAUAUACUUGAUCUUUAUCAGUAUCAGUGGAUAGCUCCUUGGUGCAGUGAAUGUGCUUCUUCAAGAUGAACGUUCGAGCUGUGGAUACAUCAAAUACGCCUGUGUUUCAGCAGUGCUACCCUACCUUGAGUCAGACCAAGCAAGAAGCUGACAGUACAACAUUCAUGUUUCCUUCCCAAUCACCUUCGCCACCCAUGAGGUACACCACAGCACCUUGGGUGAUCCCUCAUCAAGAGACGAUGGGCAAUCAAUUACCUUAUGGACUGCCUUACUACGGGGAUGGUUUUCUUCAACUGUUCAGGCACGCUGCCAUGUACAAAUGCUCGUCCCAAAUGCCUAAGCCGAUCGUGAAGUCCAGCCUUGGUACCAGGCAGAAGAAGCAAUUCAUUUGCAAGUAUUGCAACAGGCACUUCACCAAAAGUUACAAUUUAUUGAUUCACGAAAGGACCCAUACGGAUGAGAGGCCAUAUUCGUGUGACAUAUGCGGGAAAGCUUUCAGGAGACAGGAUCACUUGAGAGACCAUAGAUACAUACACAGCAAGGAGAAGCCCUUUAAGUGCACCGUGUGCGGCAAAGGAUUCUGCCAAAGCCGGACUCUGGCAGUUCACAAGAUCCUCCACUUGGAAGAAUCACCCCACAAAUGCCCCAUAUGCGAGAAAUCGUUCAACCAGCGAUCGAACCUCAAGACGCACCUCUUAACCCAUAACCAGAGAACCCAGGAUUGCUCAUACUGUUCCCAAAUCUUCGUGAGCUUCGAGGAUCUCAGGAACCACGAACUGAACUGCAGGACGAAACCGCACAGUACAAACGCCAGCAAUAACAACAAUCAACCAAUGGCACCCUUAGUAUUAGAAGUGAUAGAAGGCUUGGACCUAUCGAAGAAAAACGAGGAUGAAAAAAGCUGCGAUAUUCCCAAGAUUGAAACUACCCCCGUCAAAUCAAAAUGCGGGUUUUCGAUCGAGGAUAUCUUAAGGAAAUGAAGCGUUCUAGUUUCGUCCUAUUCGAAUUUUUUUAAGACUACCUCUUCUUCGUCGAGACUGAAAUUGUCAAAUGUUACCAAUUUGAUUUUACAAAGGUUCAUAUUUUAACGUUACGGUUGUAAAUAAUUGUAAAUAUUGUUGUUGAUUUUGUUGUUGUUAUUUAUUAGAUUUUUAUUUAUUUUAUAGUGCUCCACUCGGCAUUCACCUUAAUGAAUAAAUACACAUUGCAUGUCCAUUAAAUACUUCGAAGUC